GUUGUUGUGUCAACUUAUCUCAGGGACGCGCGGGUGGCGUCGGUGCACAUGCGUAUACAGGACAAGGGAGGUGUGGGGGCAUGUCGUGGUCGAGACCGGACAUGUACCGGGUGGGCGUUGGCUGUUUUUUUUUGGGAGUGGGGACUACCCCUGCGACCGUCGGUCGGCGACGUCCGCGUCGAUGAUAUGCUCCAGGGGCGACGGGGGCGCGCCGUGUUUUCCAAGAUUGUCAGGAAUCCAACCCUUCCCGUAGACCCACUUCAGCCCGGGUCGCGGUGGCGCCGGGUCACGGAAGAGCCAUGCAAACGCAGACGGCUUGUUGGGAUGCCGCGGCGGCGGCGCGCUCUUUUUCGUCGGCGUCGUGGCGACAGGGCGCGUCGCCUGUUGCUGCGGCGCCGGCCCUCUGCUGACGGCCUCGAUGGCGGCGUCCUGCGCGUCACGCGUCGCGCGGUCCCCGAGGCGCUCGAGGAGAUCGGCGGCGAGCGGCGGCUCGCACCUCGACAAAGCAGUAACGUAGGCCGGCCGCGCGCUCGCGUCGACGCGCGCCAUCAGGAACUCGGCGACGGCGUCCCGCUCGUCGUCGUCGGGCAUGAGCUGGGCCACGGUCUGCGCCGCCUGCCGCGACGAGAGGCUCGCCUUCCCGAAGAGCUCCUGGAGGCGGUCCAGCGUCUUGCGCCGCCGCCGCGUCUCCGAGGCCGGCGGCCAUUCCAACGGGGACGGCAGGUUUCGGGCCAACAGCGCCUCGAAGGCGGAGUCGGAGUACGUGAGCUUGGGGGUCCCGGCGCCGCGCAGCAGCGCCGCGAGGCGCGCGUCGUGGACCGACGUCAGGGAGUCGUCGUUCUUGUCCGCUGUUUCUUUCGGCUCCGUCGGUGGCGGUACCAGCGGCUGGGCGCUGGCGCCCGCCCCCAUCGGUCUUCUGGGCGUCACGGGCCGCCAAAAAAAAUCCCCGUCGCUGGUCCAAGCCCUGGACUCCAGAAGCUCCUCUUUCACCUCAAGCAGCCCCGGCGCGGUAAACUAACCCCGCGACGGUCCGUGGCUGUCAAGUGGGCCGAAACACGUCGCGUAGGACCGCGGGCUGCCGAUCAGGCCGACACGCCGAUGCGCAAGUAGGCCCAAAGA